AUGGUCUUAGAUAUAGACCUGUUUCGUGAGGAAAAAGGUGGCAAUCCAGAAUUGAUUCGCGAAUCGCAGAGGAAACGGUACAAAAAUGUAGCUUUAGUGGACAAAGUUAUUGACUAUGAUGUUAAAUGGAGAAAAGGAAGGUUUGCUUUGGAUAAUUUGAACAGAUUGAAAAAUGCGUGUAGCAAAGUUGUUGGAGAGAAAAUGAAAUUAACUGCUAUUGCAGUUGCUUUCAUCCUUUUAUUACAGUUAAUAAAAAAAGAAGCGCUAGGAGAAGGCGAUUCGUUGCCGGACGUCAUAUUAGAAGGUUUAACAACGUUAACUGUAGACUCAUUGAAAGUCAGUUCUUUAACUGAUCAUUGGCUUAAAGUUGCUGAAUAUUCUUUGGGAGAGUGCUCCUUGGUCCUUUUUCUUUUUCAGGCUCUUACUGUUAAUCAGAUCAAAAAAGUGAGGGUUUUGAUUGAUGAAAAAAUAAUAGAGACUAAGAAAGAGAUGGAAGAAUUAGAAGCUGCCCGUAAUUUUAACAUGUUUCAAAUUGGAAACUUGUUGCACGAAACUGUACCAGUUAGCGACGAUGAGGAAAACAACCGUGUUGAAAAGCUGUUUGGAGACGUGAAGUCGAGAAAGAAAUAUUCACAUGUGGAUUUGGUUGUAAUGGUUGAUGGUUUUGACGGGGAGAGAGGAACAUCUGUAGCUGGCGGUAGAGGAUAUUUUUUAAAGGGCCCGUUAGUCUUUCUUGAACAAGCAGUGAUCAAUCUGGCUUUACAAACUCUGGUAAACAGAGGUUUCACGGCUCUUUACACUCCAUUUUUCAUGAGGAAGGAAGUUAUGCAAGAAGUAGCCCAAUUAAGCCAGUUUGAUGAGGAGUUGUAUAAGGUUAGUGGAAAAAGAUCAGAAGUUACUGGGGAUGAAGAAUUGGAUGAAAAAUAUCUUAUAGCAACUUCUGAACAACCUAUAGCGGCAUUCCAUCGUAAUGAAUGGAUCAAUCCUUCUGAUCUACCUAUAAAAUAUGCUGGGAUUUCUACAUGUUUUCGUCAAGAAGUAGGUAGUCAUGGCCGUGACACUCGUGGUAUAUUUCGAGUUCAUCAGUUCGAGAAAGUUGAACAGUUUGUAAUUUGUUCUCCCUUUGAAAACGCCAGUUGGGAAAUGCUUGAUGAAAUGAUGACUAAUUCUGAAGAUUAUUGUAAAGCUCUUAACAUACCUUAUCGUGUCGUUACUAUAGUUUCUGGCGAACUUAAUAAUGCUGCUGCAAAGAAACUAGAUCUUGAAGCGUGGUUUCCCGGCAGCGGGGCUUUCAGGGAGCUUGUUUCGUGCUCAAACUGUACUGAUUAUCAAGCUCGACGUCUGAAGGUCCGGUACGGACAGACUAAAAAAAUGGAUGGAGAAGUUAACUAUGUACAUAUGCUGAAUGCUACAAUGUGUGCAACAACGCGUGUGAUAUGCUGCAUCUUAGAAAAUUAUCAAGAGGACAAGGGAAUUAGAGUGCCCGAAGCAUUAAAGUUGUUCAUGCCUUCUCAAUAUAAAGAUAUGAUUCCUUAUGUGAAACCCCCUCCUAUUGAAACGGAGUUAAAAAAGGUGAAAGUAUAA